AUGCCCCCUGUGGCCGAGGAGGAGACCAACGUCCGCGUGGCGGCCAGGGUUCGGCCGCUCCUAGCCCGCGACACAGCACAGAACUACUGCAGCUGUGUUUCUGCUCAGCCUGGGGGGAACCAGCUGGUUGUCGGCACCAAGCGAUCUUUUACGUUUGACCUGGUGUUUGAGACGGAUACAAGCCAAACAGCUGUUUAUGAUGGCUGCGUAUCAUCCUUGCUGGAUGGCUGCAUGCAGGGCUACAAUGCAACUGUUUUCGCUUAUGGGCAAACAGGUUCUGGCAAAACCUACACCAUGGGUACGGGUCAAUGGGCAUCGGAGGGCAGUGCUGAGGAGGGCAUUGUUCCGAAGGUGAUUCGGAACAGCUUCCGACACAUCGAGGCGAACAGCUCGGCGAUCGACUUCAAAGUCUCAUGCUGUUAUCUCGAGAUCUACAACGAAGACAUCCGAGACCUGCUGCAGCCCGGAGGUCACAAAGGCCCGAUCGCCAUCAGGGAAGAUGCUGCGGGUGGCAUCAAAGUCUCCGGCAUCCACGCAGAGACGUGCACUUCCGCAGAGGAGAUGUUCCGUUGCCUCAGUGAUGGCUCCGUGCAGAGAACCACUGGGGCCACGCUCAUGAAUGAGCAGAGCUCCAGGUCACAUUCAAUCUUCACCCUGAUCUUGGAGCAGCGUCGUCGGAUAGGAGGGGGAGAUGCAUGGAGCGAGGAGGAUUACGUGACAGCUAAGUUUCACCUCGUGGACCUCGCAGGGUCUGAGCGCGCAAAGCGCACCGGUGCAGUUGGCAGUCGCUUCAAGGAGAGCAUUUCCAUAAACUCUGGCCUGUUAGCGCUGGGAAAUGUGAUCUCUGCCUUGGGCGACCCUGCAAAGCGAGGUAGCCACGUGCCUUAUCGCGAAUCGAAGUUGACGAGGCUGCUGCAGGACAGCCUGGGUGGGAAUUCAAGGACCGUGAUGAUUGCCUGUGUCAGCUGUGCAGAUAUCGACUUCGAAGAGACGCUCAACACCUUGAAGUACGCCCACCGCGCGCGAAACAUCAAGAACAAGCCCGUCAUCAACCAUGAUCCUCGCACUGCGCAGUUGGCUGCUAUGCAGGACGAGAUUGUGGCUUUGAGAGAACAGCUUCAGCGCGCCAACGAGGGAUCCUCUGCCGUCGGAGGCCCGGCCGACGAAGUGCUGGAACUGAACCACAAGCUCGAGGUUUCCGAGACGCGUUCUUCGGAGCUUGCCGAGCGCCUGGCGGCCACGGAGACAGAGCGUGAAGCCUUUCGAAAGUACUUGGUGGACGUGUACAGUAUUGUCUGCCAGCACCUGCCGGCCAUAUGGCAGGUCUCAACACGGGAAGCCCCAUCUGUGCCUGGGCGACGCGCUCUCGCAGCAGUCUGCCAGGUGCUCCAGGCAGCGCAUCGACUGCUGAACAGCGAAGCGGAUCUGCCUGUCGACGAGACGCACGCGUCACAGACUUCCUCGGAUGCCAUGCCUGAGCGAGCUCCGGAGCUGACAUCGGGUGAAUCUGUUAAUGGCGUGCCAUCGCUGUCAAACACUGCGCCGCAACUCGGGGAACCGAACAAGCUACAGUCUUUGUCAGAGAUGCGCAAGGAUUCGACGACACUGAUUCGCAAGUACCUGGACGAGAUGAAGCGCCUGGAGCAAGAGCUCGCACUGUAUCGUCGAGGCAACAAGCAGCUCAAAGAGGAGCUAAAGGAGGCCAAGGAUGAUCUGCAGAAGGAUGAGGAGAUCUUCGAAGAGAAAAUGCGCGAGAUGAAGGAGUUGACGGAACGCAAUGCCUUUCUAGAGGAGAUGCACAGGGAGAGCAAACCUCUAAGUCCAGAUUCACGGGCCGGCAGCAAGGAGGGGCCGAAUGCGUUUGCCAUCCAGCUCAGCGAGCUUGACGACGGCCCGGCACUGAGUUCGACCUCGCCAGCCGCACCCGUCCCUGGACCAGAAGAUGGUGAAGUUGACGUGUCCAAGCCAUGUGACUUGGAGGAUACGCGGGCAUCGCAGCAGCACUUGAGAGAGCAGAUGCAGUCGCUGUCGCAGAACGUGCUGCUCAAGGAAGACCUCAUCGAGGAACUGAUGCGCAGCGAGCGCGAGUGGGGCAUAGCACGCCAGCAAUACCAAGCCCGGAUGGAGCAGCUCCAAUCCGAGCUCGAAGAGACGCAGCGUCAGCUUGACACUGUCAAGGUGCGGUUGCAGCAAUCUGAGAUGCUAGAGGAGAAAGCCAGGCUUUCAAGCGAAGAAGAGAAGCGCCGCCUGGAGCGUCAAGUCAACGAGCAGAUGGACGCACUGAAGAGGAAGCAGCAGGAGUACUCUCGCCUCAAGGACUUGCGACUCAACGAGCGCAAGCGUGUCAAGGACCUGGAGGUUGAGGUCGCGCAGAUGCGACAGAGCCAGGAGGGUCUGGACCGCAGGCUGCAGGCGGAGCGCAGGAGGGAAGCCUACCAGAUUGCGGAGCUACAGCGCAGGCUGACUCGUGAGGGCCAGAAGGUGAAAGAUCUCGAGGCCAAAGUGGGCCACACCAAGAGGCCGGCAGCAUCGGCCGCGUUGUCCAGGAAGAACUCCGGGGGUGUGGACCGGCCCGGCAGCGGCCGUGGCUACACCCCAACUUCGGGGUCGGAGUCUGUCACAGAGCGCAGCACUCCAGGCAACGGAAAUGCUACUUCAUCGUCCUCUCGCUGGCAGCACUUGGAACACCAGCUAGACGAACACAUCCGGAUUCUAGAGGCGACCCAAGGCCUCGAGGAGGACUUGCGAAAGCAGGAUGCCUUGCAAAGAAAGCGUGAGCAGUACAUGAACUACCGGCGGAAGAUCGCCGCCAAAGACCUCACCGAGCAGCAGGAGUCCACGGAGCGAAUGGCACAGCUAGAAGCAGAAGCAGCGAGACACGAGCAGGACUUGCACGACCCCUCGGCCUUGCCCGAUGCUACCUCUCGAGCACGCGUCGAGCACCGUCGACAUGCCAUCAAGGAGGAGCAGGCAGAGCUGCAGCGCAACGUGCAACGGAAGCACGCGGAAGGGCUCAGUAUCCUUCACGACAUUGAUGAGAGGCUGGAGGGCUUGAACGACGAGCUCGACUUUCGGAAAGAUCGCAUCUCCAAGGUUCAGCAGUACUUGCGCUCCACAGCCGCUGGGGCGGGGCAGCUGGAUGCCGAGCUCGAGCGGAUUCCGGCUGAGGAUGGGAAGGAGCUCUUGCGCCGCGACCUGGCUUACGUUGCUGCUUGUCGUGCCGUUUACAUCACCCUGGUCAGCAAAGGCUAUUGCGAGAAGCUUGUGAAACUUCGACAAAGGGAGAAGCAGCACUGGCAGCGGCUGGAGGCUGCAGAAGCGCAGCUGGAAGAACGGUCUCGGCAGAUCGCAGAGCUGCAGACUGUUCUGCGGCGCCAAGAUUCCAAUGCGACGAAGGCCAUCGCCCGAGUGACGAAAGAGUAUGAAGCUCGAAUACGACAACUGCUUCGCAGCUGCCCCAAAGAUGGCCAGCUUUCGGCUUCUCGGCAGAGAGAGCUCUCUCCAUGGAAGGAUGCACAGAGAGAGGGGAAGAGAGCGCAGCAAAGCGAUUCACGCUCAGAUGAGCCAAGCUUUGCUUCAGCAUCGGGAGACGUCGAGGAGGUGGAAGCUGUGACCUCUCAUGUUUGGCUGGGAACUCCUGCAUCAACUAUCGAUGCAGACGGCGUCUCUCCAGCGUUUCGUGCAAUGCUCAUGGAGCUCGAGGCCGUGCAUCUGGAAGAGACCAGGAAGCUUCGGGCUGAGGUGGCGGCGCUGUGCAGACUGAGUGCCAUGCAACCUUUUCCUCGCAUGUCCCCACCAGUGCAACCCAUCUCGCGAGAAAACUCCCGCGAUCCUGACUCGGAGAGGUGUCUCGUCAGGGAGUCAUGCACUAUCGUGGAGAAGGACGAGGCGUGUGACGAUGCUGCGCAAGUUCUUGAACGGCCAGCGCAGGAUGCAGAUGAAGCAACAGCAGACACUGCUGCUUCGAACGAAAAGCGCCGUCAUUCCCAGCAGAGCAAGGAGUCUAGGCCAGAAGCGGCCAAAUUCCGAAAGGGUUUCUCAGCUUCGAGCAUCGCAAACUCGAUUCUCUCCCUCGCAUCUCUGCACUCAAAUCAAGUUGCCCUCCACCUCGGUGAUGACUCCGAGCUCGCGGAGGUAGCCACCAGAGAUGUCGACAGGGCGUUCUAUGAACGCUUCGGCAAUGUUUUCAUGGGAAACAGCUUCGAGAUGGGCAUCGCAGUCCUGCUCUUGUUUAACCUCAUGCUAAUGGCGGCACAGUUGCAAUAUCAUGGUUUCAAUAUCGGAUACAAAAUAAGAUAUCCCAGCUACGUGGAGCCAGCUCAUGUUUAUUGGCCGCACGUCGAAGACUUCUUCCUUGCGGGAGACGUGCUCUUCGCGGUGAUCUUCACAGUGGAGAUGUUGAUCCGACUCUUUUGGAUCCGUUGUUUGGCCUUCUUCAAGCACUGGCUUAACUGGAUAGAUUUCGUUGUAGUUUGUAGCUCUUGGGCCGAGUUGUUUGCAGCUGCACUGCCCAUCAGCCCCACUUUUCUGCGCAUGCUGCGCCUGGGGAAGCUCUUGAGAGCCCUGCGUGUGGUGAAGAUGUCGCAGGUUCUUGAGUCAUUGCAGCUACUACUCAAAUGUAUCGCCGCCAGCGUUCGGAUUCUCUUCUGGUCCUUGGUCCUGUUGAUGAUCAUUCAGUGCAGUGCAGGGAUGACUAUCUCGUAUAUGGUCAGUGAUUUCAUGGUAGACCCUGCUGUGGACGAGGAAAGGAAGUUCGCAGUUUUUCGGUAUUAUGGAACGUUUUCCAAGACACUGCUGACGAUGUUUGAAGUAUUAUUUGCCAAUUGGGCACCUGCAUGUAGAGUGCUCAUGGACAAUGUCAGCGAGUGGUAUUCCAUGGUCUUCAUCUUCUACCGGUGCUUUGUGGGCUUUGCCGUGUUGAACGUUGUCAAUGCAGUCUUCGUGCAGAGUACCAUGAAGGUAGCUCAAGCAGAUGAUGAGUUUUUGGCGGCAGAGAAGCAAAGACAACAGGAUGCAUACCGUAGGAGAUUGACGAACCUUUUCAAGCAAGUAGAUUCUUCUGGCGAUGGCAAGAUCGACAUCGAAGAGUUCGGCUUCCUGUUGGAAAAUCCCAAGCUUCAAGUCUGGAUGGGACAGCUUGAAAUAGAAACAACCGAUCUAGUUGGCCUCUUCCAGAUGCUGGAUGAUGGUGAUGGUGAGAUUUCACUUGAAGAGUUUGAGGCGGGCAUCAUGCGCAUGAAGGGAUAUGCCCGCAGCUUUGAUCUGAACAAGAUUGAGCGUGAGAUGCAAAAGAUGCAGACGAAGGUCGAUUUGCUGCUGAAUCUGAGAGGUGCUGGUUCCCUGAAGCCUCCCAGAAAGGUAGCCAUGUCGGCCAAGGCGCUGUCGCCGGUAGUGCGCAUAGGCUCAGGCCCAGCAGCAUGA